AUGGCCAGUACGAGGAACCUCGUGCCUUGCGGUUGGCUGUUAGAGCGCAUUGAAGAGGCUGUACAGGAGGGUGUCGAGCAUGCGGGUGGCGCGGCACGCGUUAGCGACAUCGUGGAGAUGCGAUCCGAAGGCAUGUGUUGUAACUGGAAACGGCAAGCCACAGAGGUGUCGCUGGCGCGGGGACGGGACAAGACCAUAUACCAAGCUAAGGACCUGGAUAUCGAUGAUGGAGAUACCGUAAGGAACGACAGAAACACAGUUAAUAGUCAGUAUCUGAGGUAUCAAGCAGAUGACGCCUUGGUACUGACCAAGGACAACGUGCGAUCCAGGAGGUCUCGCAAACACGAGGGAGGUCAAGUGCGACACAAGAUACCGCUCCGAGCGAGGAAGGCCAUCGGCACAAGAGAGCUUGGUGCGACGAUGUAA